AUGUCGCCCUCCCUAUCUCCCUGCUCCGCCAGUCCCGAGCCCCCGCCGGCCGCCGCAUGUGCAACGGGCGAGGUGGAGCCAUGGAGGCUGGACAAGGACGUCGAGGUGGACGACGACGACGCCAAUCGCUCGGCCACUGCCGACGCUGCUGGCCUCGGUCGUUGGCCCCCGCGAGGCCUGACCCUGGCUUGCCACCCGGCCACCGCGGGAGUUAGCCCCGCCGGCCCCGACCGCUACGCAGGUUUGGAUGGUGAUUAUACAAUAUUAGAUGUGCAGGUCAGCACAGUCAUCAGCAUGCUGUGGUGGUGA